GCCAGAGGUCAGAGGUCGGAGGUUGCAGCUUCUAGUCAACAAACAUGGCGUGCGCGUUGAAGGGAGAGCUGAAAGGGAAAGACGGGAGAACGAGCAAGUUCACAGUGGAGGCGGAGAAUAAUUUAAAAUCCCUCAUCGAAGGAGUGAAGAAGAUAAACUCGGAGAUUUCGGUGGUUUUAACGGAGCUCGUGGAAGAGGAGAAGAGUUUAAACGCGGAGAGAGGAGAAUGUCGCGCGCGCGAUGAUGAAGAGGAAGAUGAGGAGGAAGAAGACGAGGAUGAGGAUGAGGAGGAAGAGGAGGGUGAUGAUGAAGACGUCGCUACAGAAACCGCUGCAGUUAAAUUAAAGUCCGAACCUCCAGCGAAGCGACUGAAGAGCGUCACACCGUCCUGAGCAGCAACUCUCCUAAAACCCAGGAGGAUUUUUUUUUGGUCCUUUUUUUUUUUUUUUUUUUUUUUUCCUGAACUGAUAAAUGAACCUUCAGUGAGGAGACGAGGUUACAAACAUAAAAAAAAAACCACACCAUGUAAAGGGAAGUUCAUUACUGGAAACUAAUCACCACCACUUUUCCUGUAAAUACGUUGAAGCUGAAUUAAGAAAAAAAAAAAAUCACAAAAAAAAUCUCAUUUUUUUAAAAUAAAGACAUUAAAGUGAAAAACA